AUGUCCAUAUCAUUGCUGCCCAAGGAACUGCGCCUGCAGAUUUGGUCGCUUGCAUACCACAACGAGCCCCCUCGCCUGGUUGCGCUGGAAACGAAGCCACACGCAGAAAGUCAUGACGAAACGCAUUUUUGCCCACGGUACUCACCUAGCCCUGCGCCGACUGUGGUAAACAUAUGUCAUGAGUCGCGCGAAGAGGCUCGUUACCAAGCUAUCAAAGCGGACCAUAUCGUGGAGCUGCCGUCGGACAUUCCAGGUGCCAGUGGGGGCGAAUUCUACUUCCGCAUCGAUACCGACAUCCUAUUGAUACAGCUGGAAGGGAAGCGCGUGAAGCAUUAUGACGACUCGCCCGAAGUAGGACUACUGGCUCACUUCAGACGUGCGACGGGCUGCAAUCCCGAACAGCUGCAAAAGGUUGCAGUCACCAAAGUAAUACUGAACGGGUUUCGAGAUGGUAGCCUGUCCAACGUCCUUCGCGAGUUCCCCAAGAUCUCGCAUAUGGUGAUGAUGCUCACAGAAGACAUAUGGGAAAAGGAUAUGGAGAAAGAGCUAUUUGUUCGCGCUGCUGCGAGAAUAGUGCGCAUGUACAAGCUCGAUUUGAUGAACCGAGCUAGCAGCCAAGGCAAGACAUUCAAGCCGCACCCUUUCGACGUGGAUUUUGCCAGGCUUCGCCACCGUCAGCUGGAUAUCUUAGCGAAAGAUAUCUGGAGAGAUUGGAGUGAUGGAGGAGAUGAAUGGGCGACGCUCGAUAACUCUGAACCAUUCUGGUAG